ACAAAGAACAGAUAUUAAAAACAGUAAUCGUUACACUUGAAUAUUCUGUCUUUUUUGUUGUUGUUCUUGAUCUAUCAUACAUCAAGAUGGAAGGUAACAAGGAUGAGGCCCUCAAGUGUUUGUCAAUCGCAAAGUCAGCCUUGGAAACAGGCAACUUAUCUAAAGCUCAAAAAUUUGCUGAAAAAUCAAUACGCUUAUUCCCAACACGCCAAGGUGAACAAUUAUUGUCAGCAAUAAAAAACAAUACAAAGAGCAGCGCUCCCCCUCACAGUGCACCAAAACAAGAAAAAAAGACCCCUGAGCCAGUACAGCAAGAUCGAAAAUAUACAGCAGAACAAUUACAGGCUGUAAAAACAAUAUUGGCUUGUGGAAAAAAUUACUAUAAAGUACUCUCUGUUGAGAGAAAUGCAACAGAUAUUCAGAUUAAAAAGGCCUAUAGAAAGCAAGCAUUACAAUUCCAUCCAGAUAAAAAUAGUGCACCAGGAGCAGAUGAAGCCUUUAAACUGGUUGCAAAGGCAUUUGAUGUGUUAUCUGAUUCCAACAAAAGAGCUAUUCAUGAUCAAGGUGGUGAUGCGGACAAUAAUCGAGCAAGGUCAACAGCCUCCUCAUUUUAUCAUCAACCUCAAUAUGCAUAUAGUCGACGUCAUGGAGAAGAAGUAUCGCCAGAGGAUCUAUUUAAUAUGUUCUUUGGAGGAGGCAUGCGUAACAAUUUUGGACCAGGAUUCCGUCACCAGCAACAAUUCAGAUAUAGACAGCAACAACAGCAACAGAGAUAUUCAAGAUCACAUCAAAACAACAACAGGCAACAGCGAGGUGGAGACGAUCUUCUGGGAGGAUUAUCUCAAUUCUUGCCUAUCAUUCUUUUGUUUCUCUUGGCUAUUUUUGCUAUUUUAUUCUCCUUUGAAGGCGAACCUACUUAUACUUUUCGACCUUCAGUACCUAAUACCAAUUUACGAACUACUAAAUUCAAUCACAUCAAUUAUUAUGUAAAUCCAAAAGUAUUUGAUACAACAAUCAAGAACAACAAGUACAAAUUCCAAAGAACAGAAAGGCAGAUUGAAUCUGACUGGUUAAGCGAAUUAAGACACGGCUGUCAACAAGAACAAAGACGUAAAGCCAAUUUAUUGGCUCAAGCAGAAGGUAUCAUGUUUGGCAUUGUGGGAAGAGAUGAAAAGGCCUAUAAAAAGGCACAAAACAUGAAAAUGAAGAACUGUGAUGAAUUAAGGCGAUUGUCUCGCAAGAUACGAAGCUAAUAAAAUGACAUUUUUUUUUGAUUUGUCU